AUGACAAUCAAUCAGACGCUGGUCAGAGAAUUCAUUUUGAUGGGAUUUUCUGUAGGACCUGACAUGAGAAUGUUCCUCUUUGGACUCUUCUCUCUGAUGUAUGUCUUCACCCUGUUAGGGAAUGGAGUAAUCUUAGUACUCAUCUGUCUGGAUUCCAAACUCCACACCCCCAUGUAUUUCUUCCUCUCACAUUUGGCUAUUGUUGACAUUUCCUAUGCCUGCAAUACUGUGCCCCAGAUGCUAGCAAACCUACUGGAUCCACUCAAGCCUGUCUCAUAUGCUGGGUGCAUAACACAGACCUUUCUCUUUUUGACUUUUGCCCACACAGAAUGUCUUCUCCUAGUAGUAAUGUCUUAUGAUCGCUAUGUAGCGAUCUGUCACCCCCUCAGAUACUCUGUAAUCAUGAAUUGGAGGGUAUGUAUCACUCUAGCACUGACCUCUUGGGCCCUUGGGUACCUUUUGGCCCUGGUCCAUCUAAUUUUAUUAUUGCCAUUGCCUUUCUGUGGUCCCCAGAAAAUCAAUCACUUUUUCUGUGAAAUCUUAGCUAUUCUUAAACUUGCCUGUGCUGACACUCAUAUCAAUGAGAUCUUGGUCUUGGCUGGGGCUGCUUCUGUGUUAGUUGGACCCUUUUCUUCAAUUGUGAUCUCUUACAUGAGAAUAAUCUGUGCAAUCCUGCAAAUCCAGUCAGGAGAAGGGAGACAGAAAGCUUUCUCUACCUGCUCCUCCCAUCUCUGUGUAGUAGGGCUUUUCUAUGGCACUGCCAUCAUCAUGUACAUUGGACCCAAGCAUGGGAAUAAUAAAGGGCAGCAGAAAUAUCUCCUUCUAUUCCAUAGUUUAUUUAACCCCAUGCUGAACCCCCUUAUUUAUAGUCUAAGGAACAAUGAAGUAAAAGGUGCUCUGAAAAGAGUUUUGGGAAAGGAGAGAUCACCAUAA